AUGAAGAAAAUUCAAAAGAAAAAGUUACUUCUUUUCUUCCCUCUCUCUCUCUCCCUCUCACUUUCUCUCUGUUUCUUUCUAUAUAUAUUUUAUCUUUUUUCUUUCUUCUUUUUCCUCAUUCUCACCACCUACAAUCUAUUUGCUUCCUUUACUGUUUAUAACACUUUUAGUUUUAUCAUUUUUCUUCCAUUUGAUAUUUUUUGUCGACGUUUAUCAUUCUUCUUCUUCUUUUUCUUCUUUUUCUUCUUCUUUUUCUUUAAAAUGAGCAUUUAUACAACACCUUCCAAAACGCAGCAGAGAGAGGGAUUGGGGCUUUUGACAAUACCCCCUCCCAUUCCUCCUCCUCCUGCUUCUCCUCCCAUUUUCCCGCUUAUCAUCACUCCUCUUCCCACUUUCCUUCUUCUCACUACUCCCCCUCACAAUUUCCCUUUUCUCGCCACUCCUCAUCUCACUUCCCUCUUCUUAUCACUCCUCAUCCAACUUUCCUCUACUUACCACUCCUCGUCUUAUGUUCCCUCUUCUCACCACUCACCCUCCCAUUUUCCCCGCUUCUUCGACUACCCCUUCCACUUUCCAUUUUCUUACCACUCCUCAUCCAACUUUCCUUCUCACUACUCCCCACUGUCAUUUUCCCUCUUUUCACCACUCCUCCUCCCACUCCCGCUCACACUUUGUUCUUCAUUGAUAGUCUUGUUCUUCUUUACAUUUACCCUCCAAUUAUUUUGCUACGUCUCCUCCUCCCCCUCCUACUCUUCCUCUUCUUAUCACUUCUCCUCCUCUGUUACUCUGUUUAUUAUUCGUCUAUUUUCCCUCCUCAUCCGUCCACUGAGAUUCGCGGAGGGCGCUAUUGGUCCAGAUUACUCACAUUGUUGUGUACAAAAAGCUUUCCUUUCUGCUUUACUUUUUCCUCUUUUUCUUUGUUGCUACUAUUUUAUCUCUUUUGUGUUCCCUUUUUUUCCUUUUCCAUACUUUCGUCUUUUCCUUUCUAGUAAAUUUCUCAGUGUGCUUUUGUCUGUCUCUACCCUUUCCCAUUACUUGUAUCUGCUUCUUAUUUUUCUUUCUUCCUCUAUUCUUGUUUUUUUUUUUUUUGUUGUUGUUGUUUUGUUUUUGCUUUUCUUAUCUCUUUCUUUCCCACUUCUCAGCUUCGUGUUUUCUCAAUCUAAUUGUUUUUCUUCUUUUUCAAUCUGUUUUCUUCUUGUUUUCUUUUUUCAUCUUCCAUUCAUUCUCUCCUUUUUUUUUACUUUACUUUCUUUUUUCUUUUUAUUUCUUUAUCUUAUUUAUUUUCCUCUUCGGACCUUUUGCUUCGACUUUUCAUUGCUACUAAAAUUCCUUUUUCUAAUUCUUCUUCUUCUUUUUCGCUUAGAUCUUCUUUUUUUCUUCUUUUGUCUACUUUUACGUUUCUUCUUCUCUGUCCACGUCUUCUUCUUCUUCUUCUUCUUCUUCUUCUUCUUCUUCUUCUUCUCUUUUCACUGCUUUUUCUAUAUCUACAUCCUUGCACAUCUUCUUCCUGUUAUCUCUACUCUUCGCGAAAUGAUGUCUUGUUUUUCUCUCUUCUCUUUUUCUUCUUCUUCUUCUUCACUUUUCAUUUCUUUUUCUUAUUUUUUUUCUUUAUUUUUCUUCCUUUCUUUUUACCCGCUUUCCCGUCUUUGUCUUGUUUCUUACGCCCUUUCUCACCAUCAUGUUUUGUUUCAUCUUUUUGUCUUUUUCUUUCGCUACUCUUACACUUCUUCUUCCUUCCUUUCUCUAUCUUCUUCUUCUUCUACUUCUCUAAUAAUUCAAAGAAGACUCAUAGACAAAUGA